AUGAGUGUCGAUUCGGCUUGUCCCCAAAGUCUGCCCUGUUCUGAAUUAUCCAAUUCUAGGGAGCCUUCACCAGCGCCCGAGAUUUAUGAGCCUGAAGAAAGCUACGCAUCCUUGCAAAUGUCAUCUGCUGAGACACUCCACACAGAGACUGUCUCUCCUCUUCCUUCCUCCACGGAUCUGCUUAUUCAGAACAGCCCUGACUCUUCCACUAGUCCCAGGGUAAUACUGCCCGCCUCUGGGGAGAGCAGCGCAGGGAAGGGGGAGAAGGCCCAGGCCAAGAAGCAGAAGAUCCGAACCGUGUUCUCACAGACCCAGCUCUGCGUCCUCAACGAGAGGUUCCAGAGACAGAAAUACCUCAGCCUCCAGCAGAUGCAAGAACUUUCCACCAUCCUGAACCUUAGCUACAAACAGAUUAAGACCUGGUUCCAGAACCAGAGAAUGAAAUGCAAGAGGUGGCAGAAAUACAACUGGCCAAAGAAUAGCAACCGUAUGCCCCAGAUGAGCUCAGCAACUACAGAGUACCUGGGCCUCUCUUCCUGUCACCAGGGAUGCCUGGUGAACGCUUCUGGAAACCUUUCAGUGUGGAGCAACCAGACCUGUGGUAACCUACCUUGGAGCAACCAUUCCUGGAACAGCCCAUCUUGGAACUACCAUUCCUGGAAUAGCCAGACCUGGUGCCCCCAAGCCUGGAACAACCAGGCCUGGAACAACCAGUUCUAUAGUUACGGAGAGGAAUCCCUGCAGCCCCAGAUCCAGUUCCAGCAAAACCCUGUCAGCGAACUGGAGGCCACCUUGGAAACUGCUGGGGAAACCUACGAUGCAAUACUGCAAACUGCUAAGUAUUGUAAUACCCAGCAAACCGCGGAUUUAUUCCCAGACUACUCCAUGAACAUGCAGCCUGACUCCACAAACAUACAGCCAUGA